AUGAAAAUCACAAUCACAAAACCAUUCAUCCUAAGGUGCUUCCUCGUUUCCCUCUUUCUCUCCCUCCCCUUCCUCUUCCUCUUCCUAUUUUCUCAACAACCCCACCAUUCCAUCACAACCAAAGACCUCAGAAUCCGACCCGGUUACUCCUCCUACGAGGCCUACAUACAGCGUCAGCUAAACAAGACCCUCAACCCAAGACUCCGAAAAAUAUGGACAACCCGCGACUGGAAUCGGAAGAUCCCGGUUUUCGCGCGCUUCUUCGAGGACCUUAAGGAGAAGAAGCUUCUGGAAAACACGUCCAAAGCGCUGUGCAUCGGUGCACGCGUGGGGCAAGAGGUAGAAGCGCUGAGACGAAUCGGGGUGGUUGACUCGGUGGGAAUGGACCUGGUUCCUUACCCGCCCCUGGUGAUUAAGGGUGACUUUCAUAACCAACCCUUCGAAAACGACACAUUUGAUUUUGAGUUCUCCAACGUUUUCGAUCACGCGCUGUAUCCACAACGGUUUGUGGCGGAGAUCGAACGCACGUUGAAGCCCGACGGCGUGUGCGUUUUGCACGUGGCUUUGUCGAGGCGUGCCGAUAAGUACUCCGCUAACGACCUCUACAGCGUCAACCCCCUCGUCGAGCUCUUCAAGCAUUCCGCUUUGCUUCACGUUCGCAGCGUCGAUGGUUUUGGAUUGGACACCGAGGUUGCGUUUCGCAAGAAGGUGAAACCUCCUCGUCAUCAUGCGUCAUAG